GAGUUCCGAGAAGCGGACGUUAGUAGUAUUUGAGUUGGUGUUGAAUGGCCGGCAAUAACACCGUCGACAGAGAGCAUGAUUGGGUGGUUCUGGAAUGCAGAGACCCCAUUUUCUCCGACCAUUCAUCGGAAACCGCCGCCGAAAUCUUCAUUUCUGUGGCUGAUAUUUCUUCCUGGAAUUUGCCUUUUAUUCUCACUCAUCAAAUUGUCAAAGUCAAGAUCAAUCGUACUAGGUUAAUUGAACAUUCUUCUUAUUUCCAGAGCUUACUUUGUGGAAGUUUUAGUGAAUCAUCCAUGCUUUGCAUUUCUAUCCAAUGGAACCGUGAUACAUUUCUACAUAUAUUGAGGUUUAUACAUGGAUGCCACACAGAAGUCACAAUUUCUACUUUUCUUCCAAUUUGUCAUGCUGCACUUUACUUUGGAUUGGAAAGGCUUGUUUCAGAGUGUAGAGAUUGGUUUUCAGAUAUUUUAGUGAUGGAAGGGCUUUCUUCUCAAGUAAAGUUGGAUGAUUUAAUUCAUUUUUGGAAAUUUGGUUUGGAGCACGCUAUCGAUUGGAUUUCGGGACUAUGUAUAAGCUUUGUUGCUAGGAAUUUUAUGUGGGCUUGCUCCUGUGACACAUUUGUAGACCUUCCAUAUGGUUUCCUUGCUACAUGUGUAAAGCAUCCUAAUUUGACCGUAGACAGGUUAGUUCGAUAUGUUAUUGUUCCCAUUAUUGGUAGUACCUUAGUAAUAGUCUUAAUGAUUACAAUUGACAGUGAAAGGCAUCUCUGUGAAGCAUUAUUAGCAUGGCUUCAUGCAAACAUGGAACCACAUGGACAAACUAGUAGUGCUGAUUCUGCUGAAGAUGGUGGGAGUGACAAAGCAAAACAAAUGAUUAUGAUUACCCAUGAUUGGACUAGUAUCCUUGAUGAGGUACAUGCCAACCUUUUACCCCUUUGGUUCCUUAUGGGAAAAUCUAGGUCUCAUUAUUUUUCAGAAAUUGCAAAGCAAGGUAUUGCAGCAAGUAUGACUUUGUUGAACAAAUUGUCUGAGGAUCUGAAUCUAAUUGUUGAUGCCAGUGAUUGGAGAUGUAUGAAAAUUAGAAUGACAAAGUAUUCAAAGAAACUUGAUCUCUCUGGAUGCUCUCAAAUAACGUCCUCAGUAUUACUCCUUUCCAUUCUUCAUCAAACAACCUCAGUGAGUCCCUUAUUGUUGGAGAGUAUAGGACAGAAAUCAAUGGAUCUUGAAUGUCCAAGAUGGCUUUUGGGUUUAUCUACUUUGUCUUUUGAAGGAAUGGUGGAAGUUGAUGUUUCCAAGUGUUCUCGGCUGCAUCUUGGUGCUGCAAUGGAAUGCUUUCGGAAGUCAUUUCCAUUCUUAAGAACUGUGCGAAUGGCUUACUUUUUGGAUUUUGAAACAAAAAAGUUGUGCCAAUUAAUAGAGAACUACUCUUCAGUCUGUGAAGUUGACUUGACUGUUGAUUUUAGUCCUCUUACAUUUCCAAAUGUAUCUGUUUUAUUUUCUGAAUCUGUUAAUAGACCUGCAUUGAAAAGGUAUUUUGAUAUGUCUCCAUGUUCUGGAAGAAGUCCAAUCGUAUCAAAUCUAACAAAGCUUACAUUGGAAGGACGAAGUGAUUUCUCAGAUCUGGUAUUCAAUCACAUUGCAGAAUUUUGUGUCUCUUUAAGUUUUUUGAACAUUAGAGGUUGUGUAUCAGUGUCAGAUAGUGGUAUUGCAAAUCUCAUACUCAGAUGCAGGAACCUGCAUUCAAUUAUAGCUACAGAUACCGCAUUUGGGAGAAAUUCUGCUUCUGCUCUUUGCUCCAGAGAUCUGGAUAGUGGGUUUUCUAAGCUGGAGAUGGAUAAUAAACAUAUAAAACUACCUGAUCUUUAUCUACAAGUGCUGCAUAUAGGUGGCUGUACUGGUGUUAGUGAAGCAUCCCUUUGCGAAAUAUUGUCUAGGGGACGGAUGCUCAAAAGUCUUUGCUUGAGGAAUACAUUCCUGGUGGACCACGCACUGUUUAGAUUUCCUGGAUCCUCAUUGGAGAUUCUUGAUGUUUCUAACACCAUGAUUUCAAGAGAUGCUUUGUCGCAUAUGCUUAACAAAAAUCCGGGCCUCAGAUGUUUGGAAGCAAAGGGAUGCAAUAACUUAUGUCCAAAUCAAAUGAAAGAAGUUGAAAGCUCAUUACCCUUUUCUCCUCAUGGUAAAUUGUUUCGUGUGCUGGGACAAGACUGCAAGUUGGAGGAGCUUUCAGUUGGAUGGGGAUUUUCUUUUUUCUCUCUCAAUUCCACAGGAUCUGGAUUAAGAUUUUUAAAAGCUGUAAAUCUGGGUUUAGGUGGAUCAUUAGGUCCGGAAGGGUUGACUCUGCUGUGUGCUCUAUGUCCGCUGUUAGAAUCUGUCACCAUUUUAUUUCAGGUGAUAUCUGAUACUAGCAUCAUGAAUCUGUUGGGAACACUGAGGAACCUACAGGCUUUGUCUAUCUGCUAUUGUAUUGGAGAUGUAUCUCCAUUGUGUUUGAAUCAUAGUGUUCCAAAUUUAAGAAAAUUGAAUCUGGAGAGGGUGACACCCUGGAUGACCAAUGAUGACUUGACAUUGCUGGUACAGAAUUUUGCAAAUUUGGUUGAACUUUCAUUGGUAGGCUGCAUGCAUCUUGGUGUAGAUUCUCAACAGAUCAUCUCAUCUGGUUGGCCAGGCUUAGUUUCUCUUCAUCUGGAGGAUUGUGGAGCAGUAACUGCUGAAGGAACUAGUUUUCUCUUCGGUUGCAAGGCCCUGGAACACCUUCUGCUCCGCCAUAAUGGUCCUGGAAUCAAGAAAAGCUUUAUACUUGAUGCUGCUUCGAGACUGCCGAUGCUUCGAAGCAUUUCAUUAGAUUGGUGUGAUGCAGGUGAAGGUGACUUUGAUCUGCCACAUUUUGCUGACAAGUACUCACUUAGCAAUGUGAAAAUUUCAAGAUGCAAGCUGCGAAAAUGCACAUUAGACUUCUAUCAUGUAGGGGCUCAGAAGCGGCCUGUGCAUAAGGAAACCCUAGUACUUGUGUGGAACAGCUCCAGCCUCCAGAGGACAGUCGUGAAAGAAAGAAUCGCAUAAACUACACUGUGAAAUGAUUUUCUUAGUCGGUGUGAUUGAUGAGUAAGCCAAAAAAGAAAAGCUUCAUGCUUGAGUUACCAAGAUGAGCUAUGGCUGCAGACGAAAGCCUUACAUCAUGCAAGAAUCAAUGCAGCGGCAGAGCUGCUUAUUCUUCCACUGAGUUUUUUCUCUUUGAGCUUACUGAGUGUUUCAUAGAAUGUACUUUAGAAGGUAAUUUGUGGGAUGCAAGAAGGCAGAAGAAAACAGAAAUCCUCAACAUGCUUCCUGUGAAGCUUAUUACCUGCAUCGUGCUUCAUUAGUUAAACUUAACUUGAUAGGAUGUCAUCUUCUUAACACAAUCUAGAAUCCAUGAGUGAAACUUGUGUUUCUAUUGUUUGAAGUUACGGGAUUAAAUUAUCUAUCAAGUCUGGUAGCCGCCGUAAAUUAAAUCAGUUUUAGAGUAAUUUUCUGCUGUGGUAAUAUAUUGUAUAUAACUCUUUUGCCUACAGUUAUGUAAUGCAAUCAUGUAAUAAAAUUACAGUAUAUGCGUACCUUUAAAUGUUGUUGAGACUUGA